AAAUCUGGUCACACUGGCGCCGUCUCGUGUGAAUGUAACGAUUACUGUAUUUUCACUAUCAUAUAGUUAAUAUUAAUUCUAAAUCGAGUCUGCUCAUCGUCAAUCAGUUUCUUUUUAAUUAUUACAAGUUCUAACUAUUUUAUAUACGAACAUAUUGUUUUAAAAACAUUUGGAAUGAACAUUUAGAAAUGUAUGUUGACAGCACACAUCUCGCUAUUGAGAUUAAAAUUGAAGGCAAUAGCAAAAAUGAGAUGCCUUCUCUGCAAUCAAGGAUUAUUUAUAUUUUAUAAUCUAGCGUGAGAAGCAAUUUUUGUAAAGAGCAUUGGCAUAAAAUGGCUGAUAAAAGCAUCAGUGGCAGUCCACUGCCAGCAGAAAAAUUACCAGAAUGUUGGAAUCAGGAAGAAAGAAUAAGUGCACUGUUUUCGCCAUUUCGCAGUAAAUCUGCAAAUCCACAGGAUUGGAUAUCUAAAUACAAAUUCUGGAAUAAUUUGAUAUAUGAAUGGCUGAAACAUACUAUGCAUUGCAGUUUUUCUAUUGUUGAUUUAAAUGAAGUGUUCAAAAGGAAAGGUUGCGCACCUCUUUGUCUGGUUACCGUAAUUGAGGAGCUUCUUAGAAAUAAUGAGAUAAUUGAAGAGACUGAUUUUUUUAAAGAACCAUGUGAAACAUGGACAGCAUGGUCCGUUGAUAUAUUUGUGAAGAAACCAAUUAGCUGGUCUUUUUCUAAAGUAAAGAAUUAUGUAGUAGGCCAAAAUACAAAUAAGACAGAAGUGAGAUACGUAUACCUGCGAAUGGUGCGAGAAUUAGGUGACAUUAUCCUCUCUAUUGUUGAGAUUAAAAAAGACAAUGUUUUAUUCCCAAUUUCGGAAAUACUAGAAUAUUGCAAGAGCAAAACAAAAAAAGAAAUUUCAGAGAAUACAGUGCGAUUAGUGUUGGAGUGGUUAAGACGUCAGAAAAGAGUUGCUUUUAGAAAAAGUUCUAACCCAAAUAGCGAAUUAUUAGUUAAAAUCUCCACACAAACAGUAAAAGACAUUACGGAGACAGAAGAAAGCAUGUAUAAGUUAUUGAAGCAGGAGAAUAAACUAAUCAAGGAAAUAGAGUUUAUGGAGCAAGAAAAACUUAAUAUUGUUAGUGAAGCAAAAUCAUAUUUAGCGAAAGAAUUGCGUCAAAUGGCAAAAACACGUUUAAAGAGAAAAAUGGAAUUAGAAAAGACAAUAGAAAAGCGCGCGCAAGCUCUUGCAAAUCUGCGUACUCUUAUUACCAGCAUUGAAGAUGCACAUUCUAAUUCUGCUGUACUAUCUGCGUAUAAAACUGGGUCUGACGUAUUGAAAAAGAUGGGGAAGGAUGGUUUAACGGAAUUCACUGUUAGAGACGUUAUGGACGACAUUAAUGAAGCUUUAGAAGAGAAAAAGGAAAUAGAUUCAGUUUUAUCCGAAACACUGAACAACUCUGACUCUGAUCUCGAAAAGGAAUUAGCAGAACUACUGAAUGAACAAGAUGUAGAGGAUUCUAAUACAGUUUUUGAAUCAAAUCCAGAGGUUGAACAAUUAGAGCAACGUUUGAAACGGCUGUGCACGGAAGAUUUAGCUUCACCUGGCAACAACAUAACUGCACUACCAUCUGUGCCAUCCCAUAAAGAUAAGAAAGCAGAGGAAUCUCAAUGGUUGUAAGUUUUAAAGAAAUGUUUUUUCAUAUUUAUACAAAUGUGUAAUGGUCAAAAGUAUUAUGAAAUGAUUUGUCUCUUAUUUUUUUCUCUUAAUAUUUUAACGAUACCUUGUGUUGAAUAUUGUAAAAACAACGUUUGUCAUGUAAUAUAAGAUACAUUAAAACAUGUUCUAUCAUGUAUUAAAAUAAACUAAAGAUUUUUAUCAAAAUUACUUUGUAUCUCAGCAUAUUAAGUUAAAAUUAAAGAUAUGUAGCAACAGAUUUGUAUUUUUGCUUGUACUAUUCGUUAUGUUGUUUAUCUGUGUUUAUAUUAUAAAGUAAUAAUAGAUAGAAUCAAUUUUACUGAUAAAAUUACAAGCGUACAAUUAUUAUUAUAAAAUUAAUCUUAUCAUCUUUAUCACAUAUGUGAAAAAGAAACGUCUUCAAGUCUUCAAUAAUUUCAUUCAACAAAAAAUACAGAUAAUUACCAACAGUGUACACAUAUAUGGCACAAAAAUAAUAUAUUUUUUUUUAAUUUCAUGAUUAUGUGUAACAAUUGAUAGAUUAUGCGAUUUAAUUGACAGUCAACUUGGAAAUCUAUAAUAUUCAAGACUUAUUCGGACAUGAUG